UAAAAAUCAACUCAAAUUCAAUGGGAACAUCAUACGCUUCCUUAGACACAUACAUAAGAAAUAAACUCAUCACAUUGCUAGCAAACAAUAAUUUUACUUAAAAAUAAACCCAAAAUAUAGCUCAUGACAGUCCUAUAUCUUAGUUCUUUUCGUUUGGUUUCGAGUAUAAUAAUGUUAGAAUGGAAGGAAAUGCAAAUAUUAGAGAGGAUGAUGUGUUAUGUUUGAGCUAAGUUGAAGGGAAUAAUGAAGAAAGAAAGGUUGGUUCCGUUUCAAAUGUUUCUGUAAGGUGUUCAAAGCGACAUUGUCACUGUUUUUCACUCUCAACAUAUGAACAAUCUCUCUUCCUUUCUUUUCUUUUCGAUUUUAAACCAUCAUAAAAUAUUCCAUAAAUACAUUACUGAGUUACAAUUACGAAUGUGUAGAUACCAGGAAUUGUCAACUUCAGAAUUAACAUUAGCAUUAAACCUACUAUGAUGUGUCAGAAUUAAAAACCACACACGCAGGUCUAAAUAAUUCUAUCUGACAAUAAACAAGUCAUGCAAAAGAAUAACAAGUGGUGCUACAUAUUGUCGAUGCUACGUAACCAAAGACAAAAUACCCUUUAUUAUAUAUCUAUGCUUCUGGUUACUUCAUGAACAAACAGUUGUUUUGAGGCUGGUUUUCUCCACAUAUUCUCUUCCUUGUCACCUUCUGCAUGCUUUGAAAAAGCUAAACGUUAACAUAACCAUUUUCUGAUAAGGGGUUGAGGUUUGAAAUUGAGAUUCCAUGGAAGAAAAUGCAAGCAACAGAAGCAUGAGAAGUGAUUGGAUUUGGAAGUAUGUGAAGAGUGUUGGUGAGAGAGUGAGAAGAUGUUCAGGUUUGGCAUGGAGAACAGCAGUGAAAGUAGGGAAAGAGGAUCCAAGAAGGGUUAUCCACUCUUUGAAAGUAGGGUUGGCUUUGACACUGGUUUCUUUGCUGUAUCUCAUUAAGCCUUUGUUCCAAGGGAUUGGACAAAAUGCCAUGUCAGCUGUUCUCACUGUGGUUGUCGUCAUGGAAUUCACAGUAGGAGCAACAUUAGGCAAAGGACUGAACAGAGGGUUGGGGACUCUUUUGGCAGGAUCAUUGGCAUUUCUUGUGGAGUAUGUUGGAGACAUCCCUGGUCGGAUUUUUCAAGCUGUUUUCAUUGGUUUUGCAGUUUUUAUUUUAGGAGUUGUAACUACUUAUGUGAGGUUCAUCCCCCAUAUCAAGAAGAACUAUGACUAUGGUGUUAUGAUAUUUCUCUUGACUUUCAAUUUGAUAACUGUAUCAAGUUACAGAGUUGAUAAUGUCUGGGCAAUUGCAAAAGAUCGUAUAGCCACCAUUGCCAUUGGUGGUGGCCUCUGCCUUGUAAUGAGCCUUUUGCUUUUCCCAAACUGGUCAGGGGAAGACCUCCAUAACUCCACCAUAGCAAAGCUCGAAGGCCUAGCUAACUCUGUUCAAGCUUGUGUUGUGAGAUACUUUAAUGAUUCUGAAAAUCAAGAAAGUCAAGAAGAUGCUUCUGAUGAUCUGAUUUACAAAGGUUACAAGGCUGUCUUAGAUUCUAAAUCUAAAGACGAAACACUGGCACUGCAAGCAAGUUGGGAGCCAAGAUGGUCAACUUAUUGGCACAGAAUUCCAUGGCGGCAAUAUAAAGUAGUGGGUGUUACUCUUCUCCAUUUUAGUUACGCUGUUGUUGCACUACAUGGGUGUCUGCUGUCUGAAAUUCAGACCCCAGGAUCAAUUCGAGCUCUAUACAAAGACUCUUGCAUCAGACUUGCAGAAGAAGUGUCUAAAGCACUGAGGGAGCUAGCUAAUAGCAUAAGAAAUAAAAGUCAAUUCUCCCCUCAAGCACUGUCUGACAGUAUCAAUGAAGCUCUACAAAAUCUGAACGAUGAGUUGAAAUCCCAACCACAACUAUUUCUAGGCUCAAAGAAUUUUGGUGGAAGCACACAUGCUGAAGAAGACACUAGAGUCUCAUUCUCAAGUGUUAGGAGUGACUGUUCUUCAAUGUUUGAGUACAAAUCCAGAGAACUUUCUGGUGAAAUGUCAGUGGAGGGACACAAGAAGGUUUUGAAGCCACUGAUGAGUAAGAUUGUGAUGACAAGCCUUGAGUUUUCAGAAGCACUGCCUUUUGCAGCUUUCACUUCUAUGCUUGUGGAGAUGGUUGCAAAGUUGGAUCAUGUUAUAGAUGCAGUUGAUGACUUAGCCAAAUUGUCACGCUUUAGAGAGUUCAGAGAUGAAGAUGAGAUUGUUGUGAGUUGUGAGAAACCAAAGAUAGUUCACAAUGACUUGCCCUCUUAUGCAUUUGAUUAACUAGGGAGUAUUAAUAAGGCAUAUGUGGGGAGAGCAGUAAUGUAGUUUUAAGUCUUCUGAUAGAAAACAUGUAAUAAAGAAAUGAACAACUCUGUUAACAGAUGUUUUAAUUGCAAGAUAAGAAAGAUAACAGUGUGUCUGUUAAGAAAUAAUUGUUGAAAUCACCCGUUAUCCCUUCAAUUAAUAAUUCAUGUGAUUUUAAUUAGUAACAUUUUCUUUUGUUAUAAUAGUUUUUUUAUGAAUAGGUUGGUCUAUCUCUAGUUAUGUUUUAAGAGUUAGGAUGCUUGUUGGUUAUCAAAGAAACAAAAUAUUACUUCACAUUUAAAAUUAGAAGUAAGAAAAUUAAGAAUUUAUAUGCAAUAUCUUCAAACCCAAAUUAUAAUUGAUAAGGAAAAACUAUGUGUAAAAUUAGAGAAAUAUUAAGUGAAAAAAUUACAAUCUUUGAUUAAAUAUAAAGAAAGAAAAAUCACACACUGUCUUGUAAGUGAAGAAGAAUACACAUACCUCUCAAAUGAGAGGUAUUUAGAAAGGUUUUGAGUUUAAACAUUAAUACCAUUGCAAAACUUUUCAUCAUCCAAUCAACUUAUGAUGAUCAUUUGAGGGAUAAAGAAAAUAAUAGGAAAUUUAACAAAUACUAAAUGGUUCAGAGAAACUCUUAAUAUGGUGAAAUUAUCAGAUAGUUUGAAUUAUUACUUAUCUAUAGCUUUGACUAAUCUUUACAUAAUAUACAU